UGCCGUUCGCAGUCGGCCUCAUCAAUGCUCCCCUCGACGACGUUUUCGUUUAUCAAACGCACCAGUAUAGCAGCCGUCCCGGGUCCAGUUGCAAGACACUUUGAGACACAUUUAUUACCCCCACUCUCUCCAAACCUACUUGGGGCAUGCACGGACGCAUUCAUCAGGAACGAAAAGCCCCAAGACAGGCGAGGACGCGGAGCUCACGCCCCUUCCCCACCCUGCGGCCCCAAGACGCACCCCUCACGGCCCCUCCUCUAUCACGGUCGCAUCAGGACUGCCCACCCUUGCAUCUUGCAUGGCAGCUUGGACCUGGGCCUGUCCACACCCCGAUGCUGCCCUCUGGCGAAGCAGCAUGUUGGACUUUAAUAUCCGUCAUUGGUGCUGCUCUUCUCCCUCUCGUGGGGUCGGUCCUGCACGACUCGGACGCUGUUUACCUCCUGGCGCUGCUGGCUUGCGUCCCGCGGUUUCGCGCCGACCAACCCAUCGCCGGAGUCCAGCAUGAUAGCCCGGAUGCAGCGGGCCAGGGUGUGCCUUCUAGUCGAGCUAUCCAUCCAUUUGUAUUCCUUGAACUGACCGAAUCCACUCGUUGCAUUACUCGCCACCAUUCUCUGUAUCACAAACUUUCGGCACACGACCAAGCGCCUUUUCCACGAUCCCGACGGUUGGACCGGCUCCAUCGCAAGUCCUGCCGUUCUGCCCAGGAAAGGAAGGCGGCUGCAUCGCUGGUCAUGCCAGCUUCCUAACGGUGGAACGUCGACGAAGUCAUUGUUUUCCUCAUCCGGGAUCACCCAGGCGCAACGGCACCACAAGACCAAAGCCGCGACUCAGUUUUCUUGUGUGUUUAUUCCAUUGCUGGUGCGCAGAUGG